CUUGGCGCGAAGAUGUCGUGGCCGCGCCGCAACGACGCCAAGGUCGACGACGGCGGCAAAAAGACGACCGCCGCGUGGCCAACGAAGCGAGAAAUACCAACCGACUUGAGUGGGAAGGCUGGGGUCGCAUGGCCUCGACGAGAAACGAAGAAAACGGACCCUGUCCAGGCUCAUCAAGCCAAACAAGAUGAAGCGCGGCUCCUGCAAAUGUUUGAGAAACGAAAACAACUCAAGAAGAAACGAAAGCUCGAGUCGCUGCAACAAGACGUACGUGCAAAAGCGGAUCUUGUGGAGCAAGAUGAGAAAAAGCACACCGCCACGACGGCUCUGAAUGACGAGUCAUCUCCUGCUCAAGAACAUUGGAACGGGGCCGUGACCGCAUUGGCAGAUAAAUGCGCGCUCGCCAUCGCGACAUCAGCGCCAGCUCCACUGGACAGCAGUCGUACGCAUGUAGUUCCUUCACAAAGCCAUGCACUCGUCCAGUCUGCAAUUCGUCCGAGGCGUCCCGUCGACAGCUCGCUUCCCUCACAACUGACAACUCCUACACCCGAGGCAAUGCCGUCCCAAUCGCUCAAAACUCUUGAGUGGAAGGUAGCACCACUCGCAGCUGGCAAAAUGGAUGCCGAUUUGAGUGCGUGGAAAGAGUUUGCGAAGAAGGAAGUCCAUCGCGAACGAGGGUCGACCUCUGUCAGCGACAACUUUGUCCGACUGACCAUGCGGAAACGCGUGCGAGGGAGCACGGGAAAGGCCAAGAAGCGACCGCAGUACCUCCAUUCCACCAUGUACAACCAAGUCGACGAGGAAGGAGUGUCCAGCUCGACGCACAAGCAGGCCGACGCCGCCGACGCCAAAGACCCGAUGGUGUAUGACGGCAUCGAUAUUGUCGAGGAGUGUCUUGCACACCCGAGCAGCCCUCCUCCUUCGUUGCCAUCUUCCUUCACGCAGUCAGCUGACGAUGACUCGAUUCCAUUGCCUUGUUGCGCCCACGGCAUCCCGUGCCACCGCCUCAUCGUGACCAAGAAAACCAAGAACCAUGGUCGUGCAUUCUUUGCAUGCACACGGCGCAUGGAUGAAGGGCGAUGCGACUUUUUCCUCUGGGAACAGAACCACCCGACCGCCGUGACACGGGCGUGGUGGACGCCGACGGACGUCGUCCCGCCGAUUCCUCGAUUCGAAUCGGCGCUCGACUCGCUCCGCGUCAUGUUUGGUCAUGCUGAUUUCAAACCUGGCCAGCAGUGGGCCGUGGACCGCCUCCUGCAAGACCCCCACGGUCGAUCCAAGUCGCUUCUGGUGCUUCCAACCGGGGCGGGCAAGUCGCUGUGCUAUCAACUGCCCGCGCUGUAUCUACCGGGGCUCACGCUGGUGAUAUCGCCACUUGUGUCGCUCAUGCACGACCAGCUAUCGAAGCUGCCCGCGCCACUGCAAGGCCGCGCCGCGUCGUUGUCGUCGAUGCAAUUCAAAACCGACCAAGCGCGGGUCGUCAAAGCGGUGGUCGAGAAUCAGCUCAAACUGUUGUUUGUGUCGCCGGAGCGGGUCGUGACCGCCGGGUUUGCCAGCCUCCUCGCGCGCAUCCACGUGAGCGUCGUCUGCAUCGACGAAGCGCACUGCGUGAGUGAAUGGUCGCACAACUUUCGUCCGGCGUUCCUGCGGCUCGGUCGCGUGAUCGAUCGCGCGACCAAAGUGCUCGCCCUCACCGCGACCGCGUCGGUUCCAGUGACGCACGACAUUGUUCGCAUCUUGGACGUGCCGCCGGACGGGAUCCAUCGAUGCCGUGCAUACCGCGCCAACUUGCAACUUCGCGUCCUGCGCGUCGAGCACGAUGACGAUCGAUACGAUGCCCUGCGAAAGCUGCUCGUGACGGCGCCGUUGAACAAAGGCAGCGUCAUCGUGUACGUCCACUCGCAGUAUGCUGCCACCCAAGUCGCGGCCCUGCUCUCGUCCGAAGCCAGCGUCCACGCCCGCGCGUAUCAUGCAGCGCUGCCUGCGCAUGUCAAAGACAAGGUUCAAAACGGGUUUGCCGCCGGCAAGAUCCGCGUUGUGGUGGCCACGAUUGCGUUUGGGAUGGGCAUCGACAAGGCCAACGUGCGAGGCGUUGUGCAUUACCACAUGCCGAGCAGCAUGGAGCACUACGUCCAGCACAUUGGUCGAGCCGGGCGCGACGGCAAGAAAUCCACGUGUGUGCUGCUCUUGAUCGCGUCCGACUUGAUUCGGUUCCACUCGCUCGCGCACGCGGACGGGCUCUCGAUGCCGCAGGUCCAUGGGUUGAUGCGCACGCUGUUUCGCCACCAUACGUCGUCGCCCACACGGAGCGUGACGCACCCGAUCGCGGCGCUCGAACACGAAUUCGACAUGAAGGCGUCGGUCGUGGAAACGGUGCUGACCACCCUCGACCUCCAACGCGUCGUCGAGCUCUUCCCGUCGCUGUACGCUACGUGCACGAUCACCGUGCGCCACCAUCAACUGGCCAAGUGGAAGCUCGAGGCCAUGUGCGCCAACAUUUCGUCGAUAGCUCACGUCACGACCGUGCAAGACGGGUACUUGACUACAACCACGUACGUCUGGAACACGGUCGAGUAUGCGCACCGGUUUGGUCUGGGCGACUCGGCGGUCGUCUUUAUGGACCUCCGGCGGCUCCAGCAGCUCGGCAUCGUGCACUACACCUUGUCCGAGUAUGCCAUUCACUACCGCGUGCUCGGCCCUCCCUUGCUGCCGACGCAGCUGGACCACCUCGCGCAUACGAUUUACACGCACCAUCGUACGCAAGAAGCGCGACAUGUCAAGCGGGUGGAAGCGUUGUACAAUGCCCUUGCAGCGGCAUGGUCCCAGCGACACAAGCCGCUGCACACUCGCGCCCACAAACGUGCAUCUCCUCGAUGGGCGGAUGACGAAAGUGACUCGGACAACAACGGUCCCCGCGACGUCGGCUCGAUCGAUGCCACCGACCAUCUGAACGCGGCGAUCGAAGCGUAUUUUGAAGCCACCUCGACAGACGAGCGACCCGGUGUUGAAGACCAAACGGCGGCGUGGCUGAAAGCCCCGCUGACCCAACCCGACACUUUGAGCAUCGAGGCAGCCACAACCACCCUGCUCCACGACGACCGAAUCCGGGCGAGCAUCGUGCCGGCGCAAAGUAUUACGCGAAUCCUGCAUGGACUGACGAGCCCUCGAUUUCCUUCGCAGGACUGGCGGGAGAACCCGCUGUGGGGGAAAUUCAGCUCGCUACCAUUUCCCAAAGUCCGCGCGGUGGUGCAUGACGUGGUGACUGAGCACAAGAACCAAGCCGUCGAUGGCCACGUCGAGAAAAACGUAAACGAGUGACGGACAAACGAGAGAGUGUGCUUUUCAUGACGGUCAAGUCGAUGCGUGGGUCGAAGCGCCAGUCCGUCGCGUACGCCGUUGCGCGCUGAGUUCUUGAACCCACGACUGCACCAGCGGCGUUUGGAACUUGCCGUCGGUACUUGUGAAGAACUGGUCCAAGUGCAGGUUGUCUUGCGCUGCCAUGGAAAGCAGCGUUGGUAGAAUCGAGACCAUGCCAUGCAAGCGUGAAUGUACCCGUUUCGUACUCGUCG